AUGGCAAAUAUUGUAUUAAUUUCAUUGCUUAUAGUGAUUUAUAUCCUCAACCUGUCUUCGCCUGGAAAUGCCAUUUCUUCCUGCAAUGGUCCAUGCAGCACCUUGAAUGACUGCUCCGGGCAAUUGAUUUGCAUAAGUGGAAAAUGCACUGAUGAUCCUGAUGUCGGAACUCAUAUAUGCCAAGGGGGAACCUCUCCGUCCCCUUCCGGCAGCUGCCAACAAUCCGGCACCCUCAUUUGCGACGGAACAUCCCACCCGAAAUACGAGUGCUCGCCACCCGUAACCUCCUCUACACCGGCCACACUUUCACUGAAUGAUUUUAGUCAGGGCGGGGAUGGCGGAGGCGCGUCAAAAUGCGACAAUCAAUACCAUAGUAACGACGAAAAAGUAGUCGCACUCUCCACCGGAUGGUAUGCCGGUGGAUCGAGGUGCGGGCAGAACAUACUUAUCACCGCUAACAAUGGACAGAGCACAACGGCGAAGGUGGUGGAUGAGUGUGACUCCAUGAAUGGUUGUGAUGAAGAACAUGCAUAUCAACCACCGUGUGGAAAUAACAUAGUUGAUGGAUCUGAUGCAGUGUGGAAAGCUUUAGGGUUGAAUGAAGACUUGGGUCUUGUUGAUGUUACAUGGUCCAUGGCCUAA